ACUGUUGGCUAAACAAUGAUUUGUUAUCAUCAUUAAUUGUGACAAUUAAUACGAUUACUUUGGAUCAUCACCAUGUAUCAUAAACAAUGAGGUGAGACGAUACUACACACAUCCAAUAGAGGUCGCUGCUCUCCAAGUUCAAGUUCAAAAGCAGUAUUUGCAAUUCAUCAGGAAUCGACCGGACAAGGGUUUAUGUUAUAACAUCAAAUUAUCUAAUGCCACCAUCUUAAACACCGUCCAUAACCAUUUAAAAUGCAUGUCGCUUCAUGCAGUAUUUAUAUGGAGAACGGUUAGAUUGUGUUUCAUUUGAUUUAAGCUAUCGAUCGCCGUAUCCACAUUCUUCACGCAAGAAUGCCCAUAAAAUCAAUAUAAUAUAUGUAUUGGUUUUUGAGUACAAACAGAGGGUUGCUGGACAUAUAGACGACCAACAGCAAAAACAUUAUAAGACAACUGCGUACACGCAAGAACAUAUGAUAUAUUUUCAACAGGAUUAAAAAUAAAAACAAAUCAGAAAUCAAUAUAUCGGGUGUACGAUCACAACAACAGGCCAGAAGGUUCUUCAUCUGACCAUGAGAAACAUAAAACCACUCAAGCGGCGCGUUGCGUUCGCGUUGCUCGCAUGGUCGCGUCAGAUCUGAUCAGCGUCUCGUAAUAUCUAUCUAUAGUGAUAAUAAAAAAUCAAUAACCGUAUAAACUCUCUUCUUUUAACGGAUGAAAACGUAUCCAGCAUCCCCCUCCCGUUCCUGCGCCACGGGGAGCUCGACUCAACGCGGAAACUCCAUCCCGCGUUUUCUGCCUUUUAUUGAGGACGCUCUCAAUAAUUGUUUUCAGCAGUCCUAUUCAAUAUCGCAGGUCGGCGUUCGUUCGAUAACUCCGUUCCUCGCGCGCCCGCGCCGUUCGAUCUGCUCCGCUCCGUGUUUUGCGCGCGGUCCCCCGCCUCUCUCUCUCUCUCUCUCGUGCUCUCUCUCUCGCUGAACUCCAGCCCCUCUCGCGCUCUCUCUAUCAGCCUUUCAUUCCGUCUCAAUAUGUCUCAAGAUGGCGGCCAAUGCGGGAUCCAUGUUUCAAUAUUGGAAACGCUUUGAUUUGCAGCAGCUCCAGAAAGAACUGGAUGCCACCGCCGCAGCCCUGGCCAACAGACAGGAUGAAAGCGAGCAGUCCAGGAAAAAACUCAUCGACCAAAGCCGCGAGUUCAAGAAGGAUACUCCAGAGGAUUUGCGUAAACAGAUAGCUCCUUUGCUGAAGGGCUUCCAAGCAGAGAUCGACGCCUUGAGUAAAAGAAGUAAAGAAUCAGAGGCUGCUUUCCUCAGCGUGUACAAGAGAUUAAUCGAUGUCCCAGAUCCUGUCUCGACUCUGGAGGCAGCUCAGCAACUCCAGGUGACUGUUCGGAAGAUGCACGACUUGGAGACAGAAAACCAGAGGCUCAAAGAUACACUACAAGAGUACGAACGCGAAAUUGCAGAGGUUAAAAACCAAGAAGUCACUAUUAAAGCACUUAAAGAGAAGUUGGAGCAGUAUGAGCGUUCUCUGCAGGCCAAGAACACAGAGGAAGCUCCCGAUCAGAACCAGGACCGAUCAGGAAGAGAAGAGAGGGAAAGCAAAGGGGAAAACCUUCCUAACAACUAUGCAGACAAGGAGAGUCAGCCACAGCAGAGCCAGGACAGCAGGACAGAAGACUUGGACAUGAAAACGCAGUCCUUACAAACAGCACUUGAAGCAACUCAGGCAGAACUCCAUGAACUGAAGACGAAAUACGAUGAAGAAUCCACAGCAAAGGCCAAUGAGAUUGAAGUGGUGAUGACAGAUUUGGAAAGAGCCAAUCAGAGGGCCGAGGCGGCAGAGAGUGAGGCCGUGAGCCUGAGGGAGCAGCUCAAUUCAGCUGGCAAAACCCUGCAACCAUCCAAUCAGAUCCAGAAAGCACCGGAAGUAGACAAGUCUCUGGAGGCGCUAUCUUGCAGCAGUCUGGAGGCAGAGCUGGGUGCAAAGGAAAGGGAGGUAGAGCGUUUGGCCGAGGACGUUCAGAGACUUCAAGCCAGUCUGGCCCAGCUCAGCGAGACCUCCACCAAUCAGAUCAGCCAGCUCGAGCAGCAGCUGAGCUCCAAAGAGGCCAUAUUAAAGCAACUUGAAGAAAAUCUUCAAGAGCAGUCAGACUACGAGGAGAUCAAACGAGAACUCUGCAACCUGAAAUCAAUGGCGCACAAAUCAUCAGAUCAUCACUCUUCAGUACAGGACUCAUCCAAGCCGUUGGAGAUGUUGCUGACGGGGAAAGUCCAUAGCCAGCUGUCUGAGAGCACUUUGAAACGACUGGCCAACAAUGACUUCAGUGGAUCAGUGGGGCGGAAAAGUAAAGAAACCACAGUGGAAAAUCCUCAGCGUCUUCCUGCCACUCCAGUCCCUACCACACUCCAGGGGUCCCCUCCUCCCCCCUCCCCUCAGCUUUUGAUGAGGACGGGCACCGCUACCUCCGAAUCUGCUGCCAGUGCCAACGGUACACACCCUUUCUCCCCCACGGGCAUCGGGCCAGACUUCUUUACCCCCGGCAUGGCCAGCGUGGGUGCCACGUUCCCCCCGUUGGCUGGCAAAAUGGCACUCAACUCUCUUCUUCAGAGGCAGCUCAUGCAAACCAUCUACACCAAAGCCCUCCAGGACCCUUCUCCAAGUUCUGUGCUCUUCGGGCUGCCUCAUUAUGCUACAACCAACUCUCUCUCCAGCCCCCUACCCCCUCAGUCAGCGGGCAGCCCGGAGGUUAAUGGCCUGGCGCCCUCUCCCAGCCAGUCUGAGGGCGCAGGCAGCACAUCGGAAGGGGAGGAAAUGGACACAGCUGAGAUUGCGCGACAGGUCAAGGAGCAGCUGAUCAAACACAACAUCGGCCAGCGUGUGUUCGGCCAUUAUGUGUUGGGUCUGUCCCAAGGCUCGGUCAGUGAGAUUCUGGCCCGGCCCAAGCCCUGGAGCAAGUUAACUAUCCGUGGCAAAGAGCCCUUUCACAAGAUGAAGCACUUCCUGUCUGAUGAGCAGAACAUCCUGGCGCUGAGGAGCAUCCAGGGCAGGCAGAGAGAGAACCCAGGCCAGAACCUGAACAGAGUGUUUCAGGAUGUUCCGAAGCGAAGAACCGGCUCGGAAGGCUCCACGCGGCCAGGUAACAUCACCACACGGAUCCGCACACCUGAGACCGGCUCCGAUGAAGCCAUCAAGUCCAUCUUGGAGCAGGCCAAGAGAGAGUUACAAGUGCAGAAAGCAGACGGUGUGGGGGAGAGGCAACGGCGAUCAGGUUACCACAGAGGGUCGGGCAGCUAUUUCCAAAUAUAUGCACACAGUCUAAGACUUGUUGAGAGUUCUCAGACUCCGUCCUCCUCCAGCAACUCCGACGAGAACAUUCGUUCCAUCCUUGAGCAGGCUCGGAGGGAGAUGGAGGCCCAGCAGGUGGCUCUGGAGCCCGUACUGAAGGCCAGCUCUAUGGCCCCGACCGAUCUGUCGCUCCUGGGCUCCCCGCUCUCCAGCCUCCCCUACACCCCUAUUGCUCAGUCUCUGAAGAAGCCCUCCACCUCUCCUCUCUUGGACUUCCACAGUGGGGUGAAGAAGGAGAUAGGUGAGGUGGCCGUCUCAGAUGUGGGGGUGGACGGAGUGCACAAGCUCGGACGUCUCUCUGAGAGUGGAGGAGGUUUAGGUGGGGGUUCUUGGAGGGAGCACUGGUGGAGCACAGGUCUCUCUGAGCGUCGCAGAACCGGGCAGCCCUCUGUUAGCGAAGACGCCCACAGCCAAGAGGAUAGCAAGGAGAAGCUCCCUCGGCUGGGCAGCACUGCGCCCGUGGCUCCUGCUUCCUCUCUGGAUUACUGGAAAGACUGGCCCAGCUCAGAGUCCCCAUACUCCCAGAGCUCAGAGCUGAGUCUGCAGAUGCCCAGCGGCAGCGAGACGCCUCAGAGCAGCCCACUGCCUUCCUCCUCGCCUUUACUGUCUUUCCCCAAAGUCGCCAAACCCGUGGUGCCCCCGCUCACACCUGAGCAGUACGAGUACUACAUGUACCAGGAAGUGGACACUGUCGAUCUCACACAGCAGGUCAAAGACAAACUAGCCAAGAAUGGCAUCUGCCAGCGGAUCUUUGGCGAGAAGGUGCUGGGCCUCUCUCAGGGGAGCGUAAGCGACAUGCUCUCUCGGCCGAAGCACUGGAGCAAGCUCACGCAGAAAGGAAGAGAGCCGUUUAUACGCAUGCAGUUAUGGCUGAACGGAGAGCUGGGCCAGGCACUGUUGCCAAUGCCUGGACAGACACAAGAGAUUACUCCGAAGACCUCAGCCAGCUGCAGUCCUGCCCCAGAAUCCCCUCUGAGUUCGGCUGAGGAGUCUGUUAAAAGCCAGCAGGAGGAGCAGAUGUGCCGAGUGUCCAUCCAGGAGCCCAGCGAAACUUCCGAGUCCCAGCCCGGCACGCCUCUACCGUUACCUCUGCCGGGACACUCAGGGCUCAACAUACAAGAGAUGGUAGCGAUGUCGCCUGAGCUGGACACCUACGCCAUCACUAAGAAAGUGAAAGAAGUUCUAACAGAUAACAACCUUGGUCAGCGUCUGUUUGGCGAGAGCAUCCUGGGUUUGACGCAGGGCUCCGUGUCUGAUCUGCUGGCCCGGCCCAAGCCCUGGCACAAGCUCAGUCUGAAGGGUCGAGAGCCGUUCGUACGCAUGCAGCUGUGGCUGAGCGACCCGCAGAACGUGGAGAAGCUCAUGGACAUGAAGCGGAUGGAAAAGAAAGCCUACAUGAAGAGGCGCCACAGCUCCAUCGGUGAGAGUCAUUCGCUGGAGACUGGUCUGUCAGGAAGUGAUCUCACUCAGGGCGCCAGCCCCCAAAACCUCUCCCAGCAGCAGCAGCAGCAGCAGCAGCCCCAGCUGAAGAAACCCCGUGUGGUGCUGGCUCCAGAAGAGAAGGAAGCUCUGAAGAGAGCCUACCAACAGAAGCCUUACCCCUCCCCUAAAACCAUCGAGGAGUUAGCGAGCCAGCUCAACCUUAAAACCAGCACGGUCAUCAACUGGUUCCACAACUACAGAUCCCGUAUCCGGCGAGAGCUCUUUAUUGAAGAGAUCCAGGCGGCGGCCGGCGAAGGUGGGUCCCCUUCGGCGCGGCCCGGGAAGUCUGGGGGCGAGGGAGACAACAGCUGCGACGGCACCGAGUCUGACAGCACCGCGGAGGGCCGACCGAGCGGCUCCGAGGAGCACAAGGGCUUCCUGGAGAGCCCCAGCCUCAGCCACAGAGAUGAAGAGGGCGAGGGCGAGGCCGAGUUCCCCAGCGCCUCGGGCACCAGCAGGCCACGAGGAGGCAUCAUAGACAGCCUAUUCGGCAUCCCCGAGUCCAUAUCGGCCGCCGCGCCCCCCUGCCGAAACCCAAAGGACAGCAGUCUGCGCAAGAAGAAAGCAGCCAACCUCAACAACAUCAUCCACAGGCUGGAGAAAGCGGCAAACCGCGACGAGCCUCACGAAUGGGAGUUCUGAGGCGCCGCCAUGUUGUUGUCGUUUUAUUCUCACUUUGUCCCUCACUGAGCUAACCCGACCAAGCCUGGUGCACACACAACUCUGAUUAACCCAAGGGUUUUCGAUUCGCUGUUUAGAAGUGGGCUAUCAGAGACAAGAACAAGAAAAGGAAACAAGUUUUUAGUCUGUUUAUUUUGUGAAGCACUUAAUGGCCCUGCUGGCCACAGGGCUGUGACACCAUUGGCUAAUGGUGAAGACACAAAAUUGAAAAGCACAGGAGAAGGAGCGUUCCCACGAAAUAUUCUCAAGACUGGCGACAGUCGCAAAAAAACUAAAACACAUUAUGAUAUCACAGUGUCUCUAUUUCUAAUGGAGACAUUCUCACCAACAAGCUGAAUAACUGUUACAAUAAUUUAUCAGUUCUCAAGAGUCUUGGGAGUUUCCUCUUUUGUAUCAUGUAUGCUUUGGCUGUCAGCAGAGACUAGUUCGAACCGGUUUCAAACCAAAAGUCAAGCAUUUAAAAGCAAGUGUUGGCUGAAGGAACACAGGUGCACCGUCCCCCCUGCCUCUCCCUCCCUACCCCAGAGGAGGCCAUCCAAUGGCUAUGCAACUCUAGUACGCAAUGGAUUCCAGCGUAAUGGAACCCGCAUUAUUUUCACAGUUCUGAAGCUUCUCCGAUGCGAGAAGAAAAUCCUUUUUAUAGCAAUUAAGUUGCCACCGAGAGAUUGCACAGUCAGUUGACUCUAAACAGCACUCCUUUUGAUUUUACACGCCAACGGCCUAAAAGAGAAAAAAAAAUAUUGCGAACGAAAAAUUAUCAUCGUAAAUAAGAAUCCACGAUCACGCUAAAAUUCAUACUGUUGUUGUAAGGUCGACGCAAAUGGGAGACGGGAGUAAUUUCGUAACUCCAUAGCUAAGUGUCCAUUUUUAACGUUAUUUAGGUCUCUUGUAAGGGUAGCGCUCGUUUAUUUUUUUUCCAUAGCUUUAAUCGCCUCCGCGACUUGCGUUUUGAAGCCCGCGGAGGUCUUGUUUAAUAAUAAACGUCAUUUUAGGCCAAAACAAAGACAGAUAGUGAAGAAAAAAAGGAUUUGUACAGUACUUUGAGUAAAUAUUCCUGACAAGAUAUUUUUUAAAGAGAAUGAACAAGCCUGAUUUUUAUCCUCUUAUAAUAGAACCAUACAUCAGAGACCUCUAACCAAGUUGGGCGGUUUGGGCGCAUAGAAUUACAAUUCUAAUCCAAUAUCUAUGGUGUUAUAAAUUCUAAUUCUAUGGUGUGGCCAUGGGCCACUGCACUGUAUGGGCUGGUCCUCAGCACCAGGGUACCGGAUGCUGAGUGUGGGGGGAAACCCACCUAACCGCUCGCUCUCGUGCAAACUCGAAACUUCAGGUUUUUCACCAGCUUCUCCAUUCACUGUUCACCCAACCGUAUACAAGCUUUUCGUGGCGUCCGCAACAUGUUCACGGCACACAUCUGUCCUCCGAGACAACUGGAAAAAUUCCUUACGAAACGGACUUGUUUUGUUUUUUCUUCAUACUGUAUAUGACUGAGGACUCGGACACAUUUUCAUCUACAUUUCUUGUUUAACACAUUUAAAAAAAAAAAAAAAAGAGGAAAAUAUGUAGAUUG